AUGUUAAUCCGAUAUGUUACUAGGUGUGCACAUGAUUCCAAUUUUUAUCUGUUAAGGCGCUGUUAUUUAUCAUUAAGUAAGACAACACGCAUUUUAUGCAAUGAAGUAAAUUAUCGGCAUAAAUAUUUAUCAAAAAAUGUGCCCGAUUUGUUCAUCUGUGCUAGUCUAAAAUUGAAAAAUUCUAUGAAUUCUUCAUUUAAAGGAGGACACACAAUUAUCAACCUGAUGAAAAAGAAUUAUCCAAUGAUAUAA